CAACUUGCUUUAUUGGAAAAGGCUUUCAAAGUCCAAUUUCUACCCUCCAGCUUCUUUCAUUAGUGCUUAUUGACCAGUAUUGGGAGGACCAAGCCAAGAGCAAAGCUAGGGUGGAAAGGCCAUAAGGUAAUUGCAAGGGAUAGAGCUGAAGAAACACGUGCGUUUUCCCAGUGCGCCCUCAGAGGCUGCUUCUCUUACUUGGUUCUUGGGCUCUUUCAAGAGAGACCUGGGUGCGUUUAUAAUGCCCUCAGCUUCUGGGUGGCUCAGGCCACCUAGUCCAUCCAGAAGGCCUGGAUCCAAGGAUGGAUCCAGAAACCAGGCAAUGGAGAGUUAAAACAGGGCUAACUGUCCACUGUCCGGGCCUGGGCAAGUGAGGGGCAGGUGCAUUGUCCGCCAGCUGUGCCCCUGGAGCCCGGAGCUGGGAGGACAGGGGAGGAGAAGCCAGGUCCUCUCCACUCACAGGACACUUCCGUCCGAACUUUGCUAGGCACUACUCACCUUUGAGGGAUAAAUGCAAUACGUGGAAGGCAUAGGAGGCAGAUAGGGGAGACAUUCUUGAAAAUGCCAAAGUAGAGCUUAAGCGCUCCCAAGGCAAGAGGGCCCAGCCACUGUUUGGGGGUUCCUGGGGGGCCAGGGGAGGAGCAGGCGGGGCCUCAGUGAUGAGGGGAGAAGCUUGUAAACAUCUGCCUUCCUAAAACCACUCUCCUUGCAUCUCCUGAGAAGCACCCAGCUGUUGUUUAUCCUCCUCCGCGGGCAGCAAAUCCGGUUAUUUAUCUCCCUAUUCCGUGAUGUUACAAAGUAAAGAAUGGUCCAUUAAACUAAGUUUGGGCGUCUGUCUCCCCACAGCCGCCUCCUGGCUGGCACCCUCCUCCGGGGAGGCCGUGGGCGUGGGCUGCAGCCUCCCCGCGUCCGUCCCCUCCCUCCGCCUCCUCCCCUCUUCCCUUCUUCUCCCGCUCCCCUCCCCCCCCCUUAUUUGGGAGAUUAGAGUUCAUUAAUUAAAUCCUGUGCUUAGAUCGAACUGUAACAUUAUUCCAAUCACAUUUAUCUUGCGGGCGGCGGCGGAGAUGGCAGCCUCGCUGGAAACGCGCGGGGGAGCCUGAGGCGGCCGCCGGAGACGCACGACACGGCGCGCUCCCUCGCCAGCCACGCCGCGCACAGCCCCUCCAUCUUCCUGCUCAGCCUCCUGCCCCGCGCGCCCCUGCCUCGGGGGUCCCCUGCCAGGCUCCUGCCCGCCCCCACCGCAGCCCUCCGCGGCUGCCCUGCCCGGGUCCCCUCCUCCGCCACACACGCUCACGCGCGCGCGAACACACUCACGCGCCAGCGAGCUGCUGGCCGCUCGAUGGAUCGAUUUCCCCGCGCUCCCUGAUCCCAGCCCAGCCCGGGAUGAGAAAUUGCAAAAUGGCCCGGGUCGCCAGUGUGCUGGGGCUGGUCAUGCUCAGCGUCGCCCUGCUGAUUUUAUCGCUCAUCAGCUACGUGUCCCUGAAAAAGGAGAACAUCUUCACCACUCCCAAGUACGCCAGCCCGGGGGCGCCCCGAAUGUACAUGUUCCACGCGGGAUUCCGGUCACAGUUUGCGCUGAAGUUUCUAGACCCGUCCUUUGUGCCCAUUACGAAUUCUCUCACCCAGGAACUCCAAGAGAAACCUUCUAAGUGGACAUUUAAUCGGACAGCGUUUUUGCAUCAAAGGCAAGAAAUUCUUCAGCAUGUCGAUGUAAUAAAAAAUUUUUCUUUGACCAAGAAUAGUGUUCGGAUUGGACAACUGAUGCACUAUGAUUAUUCCAGCCAUAAAUAUGUUUUCUCUAUUAGCAAUAACUUCCGAUCACUCCUUCCAGAUGUGUCACCCAUUGUGAAUAAGCAUUAUAAUAUUUGUGCUGUGGUUGGAAAUAGUGGGAUCCUGACAGGGAGCCAGUGUGGACAAGAAAUAGAUAAAUCAGAUUUUGUUUUCCGUUGCAAUUUCGCCCCUACGGAGGCUUUCCAAAGAGAUGUUGGAAGGAAAACCAACCUUACCACCUUCAACCCCAGCAUCCUGGAAAAAUAUUACAACAAUCUUUUGACCAUUCAGGACCGUAACAACUUUUUCCUCAGUUUAAAAAAGCUUGAUGGGGCCAUUCUUUGGAUCCCUGCAUUUUUCUUCCACACUUCAGCAACUGUUACCAGAACAUUAGUUGACUUUUUUGUUGAACACAGAGGUCAGUUAAAGGUCCAAUUGGCUUGGCCUGGAAAUAUAAUGCAACAUGUCAACAGGUACUGGAAAAACAAACAUUUGUCACCCAAACGACUGAGCACAGGUAUUCUUAUGUACACCCUUGCGUCAGCUAUAUGUGAAGAGAUCCACUUGUAUGGAUUUUGGCCUUUUGGAUUUGACCCCAACACAAGGGAAGAUCUGCCAUACCACUACUAUGACAAAAAAGGAACCAAAUUUACCACCAAGUGGCAGGAGUCCCACCAGCUGCCUGCCGAGUUUCAGCUGCUGUACCGAAUGCACGGGGAAGGGCUCACCAAGCUGACUCUGUCACACUGUGCCUAAGAACUCCGAACGGAAAGUGCCAAAUGGCUGUUUAAAAAGUGCCCCAGAUCAAAUUGAAUAGUCUUCAGAAUAGAACCCUAGAGAAUGUCUUAUAAGGAUUGUCUGCCAUUUAAAAGGAAAGAUGUCUUUUCUCUCUUUUGCACUGCUCUUUUAAGAGUUUUAGCAGAUUUUUAGCAAGACAGAUGCGUUGAAGGAUUGAAACUUGAUUGAUAAAGGGAAUGUUGCAUUUGGGAUUAUGCUGCUAACGAAAUGGUUUGAAGUAUUUUCAUGUUUGUAUUUUGAUAAUAAACUGCCUCCCAUUUUUAUGAGGACUAGAGCUAUAGUUUCUGCAGCUCUGCUCAGACGCAGUCCUUGUAAUCCGAGGCCUGUGGCCAGUUGGGGCAGGAUCUCAGUUUUGCCAGUGGGAUCAGAAUCUUCAAAAUGGAAACAUAAAAAAACUGGUUUGCAUAGCUCAUCUUUCUAUCUCUCUAUCUCUUAUCAUCUCUCUCCCUCUUCCUGCACCCAUUCCCUGCCCUAUUACCGUGGAGUUUAAUAAUUUGCUAGGAAUCCUAUUGAAUUAGCUUGCUUGUAUGUAUUGCAUUUGUAAUUGAUGUGUUUAAGGCUCUGGGUAACUUUGAUGUUUCACGAGCAACCGAGCAAAUCAUGAUGGGUCCUCCCAUGAUUACUUUUGUAAGAAACGCCUUGUAGGAAGCCCUCCCUCGUCCACAGCCAUUCUCCAGCAGGGCAGUCCCUCUGUGGUGAGAGGCAUAUAAUGCAGUGCAUUUUUCAUGAUCACAAAGAAAGCCCAGGUCAUGAGUGGUCAUUGCACGUCUCCCACCACCCCAACCGAAGCACUGGGCUUAGCAUUUUCUCAGCAUAUAGAGGCAGGUGUUAGCUUAAGAUUCUGGGGCACAUAUAGGUCAGAGAAGAAGGGUGUUUAGAAGUUGUCAUGGAAUCCUGUAUACCCUGAAGUGUUGUAACCAUGUUACCCAUUCAGAGCCUCUGAGAACCAGCAGGGUUAGAGUGGAGGAGAAGCUUCGAGGCUGGCCAGCCCAGGCCCCCCAUGUGAACAGGGCUGAGGUGGGGUCAUUGGGCCACCACGGCCAAUCCACAACCAUUUGCUCUCUUCAAGACAAGUGUAGACACUGGAUAUUCCCGCUUUCCACUGAAGUCAGACCUAUAUGCCUACAGACUAAGCAUUUCAAAAGGAAAAAGUCAUUGUGCAGUGGCAAGAUUUGCUACUAAAUAGCCCUUGGAAUGUGAGAUUAUGUAGACCUUCCAUGAGGAAAUGAGUUGCCCAUUCUCUUUUUCAUUAUUUCAGCCUUAGGAGUAGAAAUCACAUCAUCCCCAUCCCUGGCUUUUUACUGAGCAGCACUUUGUUCUUCCAAUGCAGCCCAAAGUCUGGCCAAGACGAUGUUAAAUUUUAAUAAGGGUUUCUUUCUUCUUUCCAAAUGCCAGUCAAGCACAUUUUUAUACAUUUGAGUGGAGUAGCUUGUUCUUUUCCAGAAAUCUCAUCUAGAUUCCUUGCAAUGUGACAAAUACUGUUUUAAAAAAAAUUGCUGUAGUUCAGUAAUCAGCUCAUUGCCCCUCUUUUUGGGAAGGUACAAUCGUACCGAAAAUUACACCAAAUACAAUAAGGAAAGACACAGUCUUUCUGCUCAUGUUCUGCCUGGUCCUAAAGCUGUCUUAUUUUUUUCAGAAAUUCUAUGUAAUUAGAGCAGCCUAUAAAGAUCCAGAUGUUAACUAAUGAAAGAAAAAACACUCCACUUCAGACAUGUCACCUAUUGUCACACCUUAUGUCACAUGGACGGCAGUCGUGCAAAUAGAGGGGAAGAAACAGGCAUAAAUGUUUUGAAAUGGGAAACACUAAAACAGCUCUAUACUUUAAUUAUAAGGGGAGAUAUUCAAAACAUUUUUAAAUUCAAUGGUAUAAUUCGAUGGGCAUCAAAACCACACCAUGUCUGUUCCCUGUCACUUGAUAGAGGACAGUGCCACCUUUCUCAUGCUGUGCUCCAUUCGGGUCACUGUGAGAUUGAUAACUGACAGAAGUGUUUAGUUGGCUGUUCUUAAGCACUUAGUUCAUUUGGUUACAGCUAAGUGAUAUUAAUGCUAGAAUUACACGGCCUAGUUUCUGACUCUGGAGUUUUAAUCCCAAUGUGCCCAUUUGUUUUCACUAAACAGAAAUGCACAGACACUUUGAACUAGGAAGGUUAAAAGAGCAGAAGACCACAAUCACUACAAACAGCUAAUUGUUCCAUGGUAGACUUUUUAAAUUUCAUCUCAUCAUAAUGUCGAGGUUUCUGGCUUGUUUUUUUUAAGUUCAAGGAAAUUUGUAAAACUCUCACUGCACUCUUGGCUCCAUCUCAACCUUAAAGUGGGAGGACUUUGCCACCCCCAUCACUAUGUCAUCUGUCACUUUAACAGGAAUUCAAAAUAGUGAGGCAAUGGACUUGUCUCUGGAACUAGAAGGGGUUAGAGAUCAGGCUCAUCCCAGCUUAUAGGCAGGACUUCCCCAGAGAUGAUCCCCAAAAAAACCACCCUUCCCUUUUUAAGAAAAGCAGCUUCUAGCUGAUCAUGCAGAAUCUCUUUUUUGUUUUUAAAGACUGUCUCAAAGAUUAAACCUGUGUAAUCACUUUCACUACCAGAAGAGUUGGUGGGUCCCAAGUGUCCUGAUUAGACAGGCUGUCCUGUGGCUCCCAGGCUUGUGUAGUCGAGUGCAGUGAGCUGGGCAGACGGGACCAUUGGGUCGUCCCUCCUGAUUCAGCUACCGAGACAUGCCCCUGGCUUUUGCAUUGACCUCGCUUUGUUGAUUUCUAGACUAAUUACAUCCUUUUGUCAGAACCUUUCCCCUUUUUUGGGAUACUCACAGCAGAGUCCACCUUCAGCUAUUGGAAUAAAUUUCACCAUAAAGCCCCCCAGGCUGUCUACACUUGACGCCAAUACAAAUGACCAAUUAAGUUGCAGAGGAGGAAGAAAACCCCGCAGACAUUUGGCAACCUGCUUAAUGCCAGACCCUCGGUUUUCAUCAGCCGCUCUGAGUGUCAUAUGCAGGCGUGUAGAUCCAAGGGAGACAGGGUUAAAAGGUAGUAUCAAGAAUUCCUCCCACCCCCACCAAAAAUAUCGUUCCCAUGUUUGAUUAUUAAAAUGCCCAUAGUCCCUCUGCCCUUGGGUCUGUGUCUUAAGUGUCCUUGACUAUUAUAGAAGUGCUGUACGUUGAGUAGUGCCACGUGCCUAGCAGCGCUGACAGGGGGUUGCUGUGCCAUCUGCCUGUGACCUUGAUGUCAGGCACCUGGCCGUGGGGCUACCAGCAAGAUGUGCAAAGGAAGACCCUCCCUCCAUCCCCCGCAUCUUUGUGCCUAGGCCACCAGUUUUCCAAGAUUGUGAGUGCCAAGACAAGCCUAAUUUGGUGGGGAAGCCAAGGAAUAGAAGAACAUUUCUUCUGACUUGGGGCAAGGCAGUAAUUAUUAGAUACUGUCAGAUAACAGAGUGGUUAUUGACCUGCGGUCAAAGAAAGCAGGGACACACAUUGUAGAAUGCUAGGCCGCUGGAAAGGGAAGAGGCUUUGGGCUCCUCCAGUCCUGAUUCUUAACUUUACAAAUGAGAAAAUGGAGAAAGAGGGAAGCUAAGUGAUUUGCCCAAGAGCGCAUAGGUAAUUAGUGGAGAAAUUAUGCCUCCUUCCCUAAUACUUCUUAGCCUUAUCAGCAUCAAAUAAAGAUGGGCUCACAGGAAAAGUGAUUUUGGUCUGGGAUCUUCAGGACACAUAAAAUAAGGUUGAAAGGCUGUAAAGGAGGAAAAAGGAGUCUCCCCUUCCCACAGCAGAAUUAUUUUUCAAUGCAAAACAAUAUGGAAGAUGCUUGCAUCGGUGUGCAACAGUCCACGGGUAAGCACCUACAUUCUCCCCUGAGAUGAAAGAAAAACCCCCCUGGUAAAUCAUGAUUUGGUAAAUAACAAUUCAGUACUGACGGUUCACAGUCGACAGCUGGAAUCUUAUCCAAUAAUCUAUUUGUCUUAACAGAACUUUGUCUUAGUAAUAUGUAUGCAUAAUUUAGACGUUGAAGGCUGAAAAUGGUUGUGUACUUCUGCAUAGGUAUAAUUUUCAACAGUGGUCCCUUGAGUUAAGAAAUGUCUUCCAUAUAGUAUAAGUAAUUUCAACAGCAGACUCUAAAUUAUUAUGUUUAGUUCGAUGUGCUAAGAAGAAAGACAAAUCUAUAAUGAAUAACGUUGGUGCAUCUUCGUGUGCAAAAUGACAAACUGAGCGGUUUUCUGUAUAAUUCUGGACCCUUAAAUCUGUUUUUUUUCCAUAAUUGUUCUAAUGCACUAGGCAAAAGUUUCUGUUUAAGCCUCUACUUCUCCCUGAACAUGCAGGACUGUCCUUUUGCGUACAGAGAGAGCCGGGGCUGCGUGCCUCUGUGCCCGGAGAGCCCAGAUGGAGCACCACAGGCGCUGGGGAUUGAGGGCACCUUCGCCAGCUGACUGGCCUGUCUGGUCUCUGUGGCCCAAUUAAUCAAGGCCGCAGAUGAGUGGACACCAAGGACUAAAAAUGACUAAUUAUGCGCCUCUCACACUCUGAUUGCUUUGCCACAUCGAUAGAACAUUCGAAAUGGGAAACCUUUUAGAAUGUCAUUAUUGUAUGAUGCAGUAUUUCUGAACAUUUAUUUUUAUUGUGAUGACUUAUUAUUGAAGACGUGUGUAUUUGAAUAGAUGUUUCUAUCCUCCAUGAAGCUCAUUCUCUUGUUGUUCAUGACAGUGGGGUCACAGCAAAGAGGCUGUUGCAGAUUAGCUAACUCGGAUUUAAGAUUACAGCGGGGUUCUGGGGUUAGGACCCAGAAUGUACGGCUGACCCUCCAGACAAAGCUGUGUGACAUGAAGGAGCUCUUCAAAAUACAACUCUUGCUCCUCACUCCAGACCUUUGACUCACUCAUUGUCCGGGGAUACGUCCAGUUUACAAAGAUUCCCAGAUGAUUCUGAUGUGGUCAGCAUUUGGAACCCAGUAAUACCUUGGAGCAGAGUCACGUAUACGAUUCUGAACAAGGCAGCUAAAUGCUUAUCCCUCCUCAUGCAGUUAGUAUCUGAUGCUCCUUGAAGUUAUCCUGAUACGUGGCCACAUAGGCACCGUCGUAGUGAUGCAGCCGUUCAACUGUGUCGGCUGAAUGGACCAGUCGCUGGUCUGUAAGUGAAUAGUAACUGGUCGAUUUAGCCAGAAUGGAUGCGAGCCUGGAGAGAAGUGAGGAGCUCAGCUUUAAUGCGCUUUACCCCAAGGCCAGCUCUUUGUAUUUCACUCUUUAUAUUUCAAACUAGGAGUGGGAUCUAAGGUCACUCAUCUUUAUAAAUGGAUGGAUUGAGAAAUGGGGAAGUUAAAUGAUUCAUUCAGAUUCAAUUUGGAAGUCAUUUUCAGAGCCUAAAAUACCUCUCAAGGGGUCUGAUUUCUCAACCUCCAGGAAAUGCCCAAAAUGCAAAAGUCUUCAAGCUAAAAUGAAAUAAAUCAAAAAAGGAAAUUCGAGAGGUUGACAUUCUAAGACCAACCCAGUAUAAGAGAGGUGGUCUGUUAUUACUGCCUGCCUUGUACAGGCCUCUGUUGAACAAGGUGCCACCAUCCUUGUGAAGGUUGUUUCUAUAACUGUACACGUGUAAAGCCUUUAAUCGUCAGAGAUACUGAAGGGCUCAUUUGAUUUCCCUCUUGUGUGAUUCAGAGACAGUUUCAGCUCUUCGGUAUGCUGCUAAAUAUUUCACAACUGGCUCUGGAAGACAGUGGGACCCUGAUGUGUAGCAGCUACCAAUUUCCAUGGUGUAAAUAUUCUCAUGCUGGCCAAUUUCAAGCUGCUAACUUAAUGUCAGCCAGCUGGAAAUACAACAAGAGCCGGCAUGAGUGGGCUCCUGUACAACAGGAGCUGGCUCCAGCAUAGCACUGCCUGAAUAUUUUCUGAGUCAGUGAGUACCAGACAGGAGAGGCUAGCAGUAGCUUGGGAGGGACUCCUAAGUGCCCUCCUUGGUGAGUUUUACUAAUUUUUAGUAAAAGAGCAUAUUAUUGGCUUUUAGGUUAAAGCCCAAAGGUGUUGAAAAUAUUUCCUAUCCAUGUGACUCUUAGGAACCUUUUGACAGACUCCUCAAUACCUUAGGUAAUUACCAGCAAUGGCUUUUCUAAUUUCUAAGGGUGACUUUCCAGGUAAACAUUCUUUUAUUUAACUGCCAGUUAAAGCCAUGUUUGGCUGAUCUUUUUUGCAUCCUAUAGUUCAUCACUUGUUUCCCUGGUUCUGUAGUUUUCCCUGUCCACUUGCUCCUCAUCCUUCUGAGACUGCCAAAAAUUCACAGGCAUCCGUAAAACAGUGUCUUCAAAGGAGGAGGGGAGAAUAAGACACCCAACCCACUUACCUGGCCCCACACAUCGGGGGAGGCUCCAUGGUUCAAAGGUCUUUACCCCACGGGGGACACCCAGCUAUGCAUCAUGCCCAGCACGUGAGCGUGCACUCCGCUGGGGUUCAUUUGCUGUCAGAAAGUUCCUCCUAAUGGUCAAGAAACACCACUGACUAGGAACAUCUCUGGGCAACGUUGCUAGCUGACUGAGCAAACUCUUUGGAGCAAGGCAUCAUGUGGUGCUUCUCCUUAACUAAGCGAGGGUAAGGCUAGACCCUGGGGAAAAAAACAUCUACCAAGGAACAUUUGGCUACUGCAGUCCUCUGGCAUUGAGCAGUAGAGAAACCGUCUUUCCUCACACUGCUUGUGAGGGCCCUUCCCACUGGGUGUUUAGAAAUACCCUGAUCAUCCAUUGAACAAGCUUUGUUUGCAACUUGAAAGUUUUUCUGAUGGAAGUUUUAGGUGGGUUUAAUUAAAUCCUUUGGAAGAUAAUGCUGGGAAAAAAAACAUGUAUUUAAUUCCUGGGACACAAUGAGCAGCCAUAAGUUUUUAUUCUGCAUGUAAUAAAACAAAAUUAGAUUGCAAAGCAGCAAAUCUGCUUUCCCUACUAUAAUAAAAUACCCUACAAGUUCUUUAA